AUGUCUCUUGCCGUGCGCGCUGCCCAGCUCCAACGCCCAAUCGCCAGGCUCUCGCUGCGUGCCGGUGUCUCCACAUGGUCCAAUGUCCCUGCUGGUCCCCCAGACCCAAUUCUCGGCGUGACCGAGGCAUUCAAGUCCGACAAGGAUCCGCGCAAGAUCAACCUUGGUGUCGGUGCCUACCGUGAUGACAAAGGCAAGCCAUACAUUCUUCCCAGUGUCCAGGCGGCCGAGGAUAAGAUCUCUGCAUCCAAGGCCGACAAGGAAUACCUCCCUAUCACUGGUCUCGCCGACUUCACCAAGCUUGCUGCUAAGCUCGCCUAUGGCAGCGACAGUGCUCCAUUCAACGAGGGACGCAUCGCGGUGACUCAAUCUAUCUCUGGAACCGGUGCACUCCGCAUUGGCGGUGCCUUCCUUGCACGUCACUAUCCCCACGUCAAGACGAUCUAUCUUCCUACCCCGUCCUGGGGCAACCACACCCCUAUCUUCCGUGACUCUGGGCUCGAGGUCAAGAACUACAGGUACUUUGACAAGAAGACCGUUGGUCUUGAUUUCGAGGGCCUCAAAGCCGACUUGAAGGCUGCUCCUGAGAAGAGCAUCGUACUCCUCCACGCCUGCGCGCAUAACCCAACUGGUGUCGACCCCACUCCUUCGCAAUGGAACGAAAUAUCAGAUAUCGUCAAGGAGCGCCAACUAUUCCCCUUCUUCGACAUGGCCUACCAAGGCUUCGCAUCCGGUAACACUACGAAAGAUGCUUAUGCAGUCAGGCACUUUGUCAAAGAGGGCCACCAAAUCGCCCUCUCUCAAUCCUUCGCCAAGAACAUGGGUCUCUAUGGUGAACGUGUUGGAGCCUUCUCUCUUGUUACCAGCUCGCCAGAAGAACGUGCUCGUGUCGAUUCGCAGCUCAAGAUCAUCGUCCGACCGAUGUACUCCAACCCUCCGAUCCAUGGUGCAAGGAUUGCUGGUACUAUUUUGGGAGACCCAGCCUUGUACCAGCAAUGGGAAGGCGAAGUUAAAGGGAUGGCUGAGCGAAUUAUCUCAAUGCGCGAGAAGCUCUACAACUCACUAAAGGGUGCUGGCACACCUGGCGAGUGGGGACAUAUCAAAUCCCAGAUUGGCAUGUUCAGCUUUACUGGGCUCUCCCAGCCUCAAACCCGUGCGCUGGCCGAGAAGGCACAUAUCUAUAUGACUGCUGAUGGUCGUAUCUCGAUGGCCGGCCUCAACGCUGGAAAUAUCGAGUACUUUGCGGAGAGCGUUGACAAGGCCGUCAAGGGCACACUCUAA